AUGGACUUUGUCGACUUUGGCCUUGGUCAUCUGGAUAACGCCCAGCAGGAGCAGUUCAAGCAGUGGGUUCGCAGUCAGGACGAAAGACCGACCAAGGCCAGCGCCAUUCACCACCUGUAUACCACCUUUGGCAUCACCAUCCCCCUGGCUCAGGCUGGGCCGCUCAUCGACUCGGCACUCGGCGUGGCCACGUUUAUAAUGGAGGAGCCUUGGAAGGCGUCGGCUCCAGAACCAGACUCGGAGUCGCAGCCGCAACCGAACCCUACCAGUAGCGACCCAUUGAGGCUCCCCGGCUAUGGCCUGUCUAUAGCCUUCAUGCCCAGCUACCGGAAGCGCUUCCCAGUUCUUGUGGGAGACGGGGACCAGAACUGGGCUGCCAGGACACUUCUCAUCCGCGAGGUGUGCAUGCUCAAGCUCAUCGAGGACAUUACAAACAAGCCCGAGUGGUGGCGCAAGGUCCGGGAUCCCAUAAUCGCCGCCAACUGGAAGAAGGAGGCGUGCCAACUGGAUUGGCGCGCAUAUCGCAGGCACGCCGACUUUACGCCAGCCAUGGCCGAUGCUUGCAUGGAAGAACUUCGUAAAAAGGCCGACUUAUACCAACAAACGGGGCUCAUCCCCGUCCUCGACUACUCGGCUUGUGUCGUCAAGUCGGAUCGGCUCUUCCCCCAAGAUCUGGUCGAGCGCCUCAAGGCGGCCGUUGCGCCCCUGGAGAAUGUCCCCGAAGACCGCAAGGACUGGCACCCUGGUAGCCACGAGAAAGUGCUGGAUCUAGUCCACCCCUCCCUGUGGCCUCUAGUCUACGGCAGGUCUCGCAUCCUCCGUCACCAACGCAUUGGCAUCGAGGAUUGCCUCGACCACUACGGGCGUGGCUUUGUCUGGCUCCCAUGCGAUGUAGUUCUAGGUGAGGACGGAAGUGCCAAGAUCGAGAGCUAUAUCAACAACUUGCACCCGGUCGAGCACGCCGAUCUAUAUCUCAUCAUCAAUGGCUUCAUCGAGAAGGCUCUGCCGGCAUGGGACAUUGUAUACCGCUGGGUCAGAGAGUUCAGGGUCCAGCGACUGAUGACGUGGGGAGUCGGCCGUAAUGUGCCGAUCCCGGAUGCGAGAAUCGACAAUAAGAAGCAAAAGAGCCGCGAGGGCGAGGGCGUCGUUGACUCUGCCGUGAAUGUGAGCCGAGAAGGCGAAGAUGAGCAUCUGACGCUCGAUGGACGCUGGCAAGAUGAGGGGAGCGAGGAGGAAGACGAGCAUGAGGAGACCGACGAGGACGAGGACGAAGAAGAAGAAGAAAGCAACGAUGGCGAGGAAGAGAAAAAGGAGGACUCCAAUGGCGAGAAAGAGGAUACGGACAACGACAGCGACAGAGGGGAUGACCCCGGCAGGCCAUCACGCUUUUUCCACCUGACGGCUGGCGACGUCAAGUCGUCCGGGUUUUUCAAUGGCGCAUCGCGCAUCCAAGUCAUUGCCAAACUGGCCAAUAUCCACCUGACUCCAGAGAAGCCCUCUUACAAGGGCGGCUCGUGGCACAUCGAAGGCCAGCUCAACGAGCACAUCUGCGCCACGGCUCUCUUUUACUACGACAGCGACAACAUCACCGAGUCCCGGCUCGCUUUCCGCACGGCGGCCAACGCCGAAAACCUGGGCCAGACUCUCGGGUACAUGCAAAAUGACGACAGGUCUAUCGAGCGUGCCUUUGCCAUACGCAGUGGCCUGGGCACACUCCAGGACGUAGGCAGCGUCCUCACGCGCCCCGGGCGUGCCAUCUUCUUCCCCAACCUGUUUCAGCACCGUGUUGAGCCGUUUUCCCUCGCCGAUCGGACCCGGCCGGGCCAUCGAAAGAUCCUCGCCCUAUUUCUCGUCGAUCCGGCCAUUUCCGUCAUCUCCACGGCCAACGUGCCGCCUCAGCAGCGAGAUUGGUGGCCCGGCGCCGAGCAGGUCCGCAAGGACUCGAGGCUGCCGGCCGAGGUAAGGGAGAUGAUUGUCCAGAACGUCGACGUCUGUAUGGGCGACCCCGAGGCGAAGCGCAUCCGCGAGCAGCUCAUGGUCGAGCGCACAGUCUUGCAGGAGAAGACGGAGAAUAACCUGAAGGAAGUGCAAUGGAGUUUCUGCGAGCAUUAG